CGAGCCGGACCCCCCCGCCCCGGCCGCCGCCGGCCUCCCCCCACCCCGCACCAUGGACUUCUUCAUCCGCUUCACCAACCAGACCCAGGGCCGGGACCGGCUCUUCAGAGCUACUCAGUACACAUGCAUGUUGCUUAGAUAUGUAUUAGAGCCUAAGGAUGGCAAGGAGGAGGUGGUCAUGAAACUCAAGAGACUGGAAUCUAGUGUGAGCACUGGCCGUAAAUGGUUCCGACUGGGCAACGUGGUACACGCAAUCCAAGCCACCCAGCAGAGCGUCCAAAUGGCCGACCCCGUGCCCCGGGUCUGCCUGUCCGCUGCCAACCUGAGCCGCAUCAUCUACUUUGUCUGCGAUAUGGUCCUCUGGGCCAGGAGCGUCGGACUCGUCCCCAGCGUGGACAAGGAGAAGUGGCGCGGGUGGGCCGCCCGCUACUACUACUAUUCUCUCCUGCUGAACCUGAUCAGGGAUGCCUACGAGAUCUCCCUGCAGAUGGAGGAGAUUUCUCAGGACAAGGCUAGGAGGGAGGAAUCUGGGCUGCAGAGCCAUACAGAGCUGAGUGUGGCGGACGAGGAGACCGAGUGGCUCCAGUCUUUGCUCCUCCUCCUGUUCCGGGCUCUGAAAAGGCACCCUGCUUUGCUGCUCGACACCGUGAAGAAUCUCUGUGACAUUCUGAACCCCCUGGACCAACUGAAUAUCUACAAGUCCAAUCCUGGGGUUAUUGGCCUGGGUGGUCUUGUCUCCUCCUUGGUGGGCAUCCUUACGGUGGCAAAUCCCCAGAUGAGACUGAGGUCCAAGUGAGCUGGUGUUGGGAUUGGGGGCUGGUAUCCUGAGAAGGAUGGGAUGUUGGCCCCCGUUCCCACCAGAACGCCUGCAGGACCGGCUCCUGAGGGUGGGAGAGGGGCUGAGAUGGAUUUUGAACAUUCAGGGAACUUCCUGGACCUCCCCUCUGGGGAAGCAUGUCCUCUUCUGCAGAUUCUAAUUCUUCUGUUUUGACUUAACCCCAGUCAGGGCUUUGUCCAAAUCGCCAACUCUAACCUGGAUGAGAGAUGGGGGAAGGCUGGAGGGAGGGAACAUUUUGCAGUAACGCUGGUCCCAGGGACUGUUUAUCUGGUCGGGACAAACUUUUUGGGGGAUGGGAGCGGAGCAGAUCUUUAAAAAUCCUGCUUCUGUUUUUUCCUUAUUUUGGGGGCCCUGCCCUCCUGCUGUGACUGUGGGUGACAAUAGAACCCUCACAGUACUUUCCACCCCCUCCCCUCCUGCCCUUAGGUUAUCAGACUUCCCGGCAUUUUCAAAUAGAUAGCCUUUGACUCACA